AUGGCGUCUGUCCUUCGGUCACUACGAUCAGGAAGCUCUUCAGCAGCUUCCUUCGCCAGAGCGAAUCGAUCAAAUCCUCAAGUCCUCCGAUCGUCUCGCCGACAGUAUAGCUCGCCCAAGCAGUCCCGACCCAAAGUGGAAGAGCCCGUUCUUCCACCUCUUAGCGAAAUGAUGAGCCGAAAGUCGAUCAUGGCUGCUUGGUCUGGAGGAGUAGGAGAGUUUCAGUUGAUGAAGAAGUUUGUGCUGGAGCCCGCGAAAGAGCGCAAGAGGCUGAAGGAAGAAGAAGAGGCGUUGAAGGCGAAGCUGAAUGUUGCCGGUGGUGAGGACAAGGCUGUUCUAUUGGGGAGCUCAUAG